UCGUUUUGGGCGGUUGGUCCGUCAGCAGGCCGGCAUGUGCAUUUACUGUGAAUGUGGUCCGUAUCACCACAUUCAAGCGUCACGGUCUGUGCAAGAGGAUGAAAUCCUACCUCAACAGCACUCUGGCAGAGAUACUACACGGAAACGUCCUCCGCGUAGUGGCAGGCAGCUGUCGUCGUCGGUUGACGCCAGUUCUUGCAGUCGAUUGCCGACGUUCGUGGUAAGCGGUUUGCAAACUGUCGAUUGUCUCGGCGCGGGUUUCGAUCUCUACCACGGGUUGAACAACGGCUGAGCUUUCCGUCGAAUCGGAUUCGGGCAAGGAUUAGCUCCGAUAAACUAGUGGCACUUGUGGUGGUUUUUCACGCGUGUGGAUUAUUUUCCGGCUUGUUGCUGCGGCAACGGCGACGGCGACGACAAGCUGUCGUAUCAGUGCGCUAAUUAGUACGUGGUUAGAUUUCUGCGUUUCGGAAAAUUGGUUUUGGUUUUGCAAUCUCGGCAAGAAUGCGGCGUAAUGAAGUGUGACAAUCUGCAUCUGCGGUUGGUUGAUUGAGGCCUGCUCCGUUGGCUAGAAACGUGAGUUUCGUGUGUUUCGUAGCGGAAAUCGCUGCCUACUGCGUCAGUAGUUAAAUUUUCCGGUUGCGAAAGUGAAAGUGUGAAGUGGAUUUAAACGGUUUAGAAUAUUUGAGUUCCAGUUAGUAGGGUAGAUUCGGGUGAUUGUCUGAAUAGUCGGUGUCAUCCGAAGAGAGCUCUGCUGUACGUGACACUUCGGAAGAAACGGAAUUUGUCAAAGUAAUGACAGGAAAUCCUGGCUGAUGAUAGCGAGAAGUUACACGGAACUUAUUUUAAGUGCUGCAAUCCGGAUUAAGCGACGGGUAAAAAGUGUAAUCAAAUCUGGUGCUGUAGGAUGUGAUAUAAAGUGUUUUAUCGCUCAAGUUUGUUAGCUGACAGGAACGCAAAGUAUUACUGACUGCACGGAGGUUGAGUUGAGCUGUGUGAGACACCCAAAACGGACGGCUGAAUUUACCGAAUGGAGCUGCUGUACUAUCUGAACGCAACCGAGUCUGUGGAGGUGGACUUCCGGCCUCAUCUGAACAGCUACCAACCGUCGUCGUCGGUGGAGGACAUAUCCGGUUCCAGUCGUAUUCAGAAAUCGGUCCGAAUGUUGGAACCGACCGAGGCCACACUGGCCUUUGAUGUGACUUUCGACCAAAUUGACGAGUACGAACCGUACGAGGAGCGGCUGGAAACGUACGUGGUCCCGGUGGUGUUUGCCAUCAUAUUCAUCGUGGGAAUCCUCGGAAAUGGGACACUGGUGAUCAUUUUCCUGCGACACCGGGCCAUGCGGAACAUUCCGAACACCUACAUCUUCUCGCUGGCGCUGGCAGAUCUACUGGUAAUUCUGGUGUGCGUUCCGUCGGCUUCUCUCAUCUACACGUUGGAAUCGUGGCCCUGGGGUGUCAGUGUUUGUCGCAUAACGGAGUGUUUCCGGGAAAUCAGCAUCGGCGUUUCGGUAUUCACACUGACGGCAUUGGCGGCCGAUCGGUACUGUGCCAUCGUAAAUCCACUUCGAAAGCUACAGACCCGCCCGGUUACGGUGAUUGUAGCAAUCCUGAUUUGGCUGCUGGCGAUUGCAUUCGCCAUCCCGUCCGCCGUCAUUUCCGAUGUGGUGGCCGUGGAAAUACCCAACAAAACUAUUGAAUACUGUUCCCCGUUUGGACAGCGGACAAACGAUUCCGUCGCGUACUCGAAGUACAAAACCGUCGUCAACUCGGCUGUUUACUACUUCCUGCCACUAUCGAUAAUUGGCAUUCUGUACAUCCUGAUGGCGUAUCGAUUGCAUGCCAGCGCUCGAGACAUGCCCGGUGAAAAUGCUGGUCCGCAGAGCCGCUCACAGGCCAGAGCCCGCCGUCAUGUGGCACGGAUGGUGAUAACCUUCGUGGUAGUUUUCAUUAUAUGCUUUCUGCCGCACCACGUGUUCCAGCUGUGGUUCCACCUGAACCCAAACUCCGAGUAUGAGUAUGACGACUUCUGGAACAUUCUACGAAUAACCGGAUUCUGCCUGAGCUUCCUAAACUCCUGCAUCAACCCGGUGGCAUUAUACUGCGUAUCCGGUGUGUUCCGGCAGCACUUUCAUCGUUACCUGUGCUGCCGCCAGAUGACGGUACAGCGCCGGAUCGGGAUGUCCUCGGCGGGGAACGCCUGUGAGACGAGCUUUGUGUCAACGAUCCGACGAUCGCAGCACAACCACAGCAUCCGGAAGUCACUUUCGGUCCAUUCGGUCCAGAGCACGAAAAGGUGAGACAGCGUCCGGCUGAUGGUUUACUGUCAGGGUACCGGCAAAAACGGUACCAAUGGAGGUCGGGGAGGCCGCGGUGCGGACACUUUCAGCUCCGGCCGAAAAUAGCUACCGUGGAAAAGAUCCGGAACCACCGGAAGUCUACCGCUCAGUACGGUGGACGAGAAAAGCUUUACCGUUGAACCGUAGUAAAGACACACGGGAAUGCUUGCCCGGAGGGACAUGAAGGGUUGACGGAUGCUCACAGUUUCGUAUUAUCAAAAGCGUGUAUAAAUCGAAAAAUUCCACACAUGGGAUCAAAACGAUAAACCAGUAUGACAUAAUCUUCGAAGGAGACAUUUUGAUACAAUUUUCAAACGUGUUGUUGUAAUUAUAUUUUGUGUUUCUGUUUGUUCAUUCAAUAAAUACGGAUCGAAAAGUGGUCUCUGGUACCGGUGGACGGAGUAACGUGGACUACUUCAAAUGGAAAGCUUUUCGUGUAAACAAACAGAAAAUUGAGUGAAUCAGUGAUGGUAGAUUUUGCUAUCAGAUGUAAAGAUUUGUUUUUUGUAAAGCGCAUCAAAAGGCACGAGUCAUUCAAUAUUUGAACGCAAUAGAAACAGAUUAGUCUUGGAAUUAUGUUCAUGAAGCAAAAUGAAGAUUUUUUAUUGAAUUACAAUGGAAAAAUGAAGAAAAAAUCUAUUCCGAUUGAGAUUUUUUUAAUCUCGCACUUCACUUCGAAUAUAUUUGAUAUAUUUUGUUCCGUCAUUUCUUCAUCAUUGUCGCAGUACGAGUUUUCUUCAACUCGAUAGCACUGUAGUGACAGCUUGCCAAAUCAGGCCAGAACUCCACAGGUCAACUUUGAUGUCUAGUAAACGGAAGAAUACACUUUUUCAUGUACUGCUGCUUGUGCAAACGUGCAAAGUCCAUAGUCUCGUUUGUAGUGAUGGGCAAUACGGCUCAUUCCAAUCAGCGGCUCUGAACCGAACGCUCUUUCGUAAGAUCCUGUUCAAUUGAACGGCACAUUGGUUCUUUUUCAAUAAAUGUCAAUGUGCAGAAGCGGUUCGAGUAGAGAUUCCUUUUAUACAGAUUUAUCUGUAUUAUACAGAUUUUUACAUACGCAUACAGAAUACAGAUUGGUACAGAUUUGAAUAAAGUGACAAGAAGCAAAGUCUUGGCAUUACAUUCCUUUUGUAGAAUUUGAACUUUCUGUUCCAACAGACAGAUGGAAAGAAUUAUUGCUCAUUGAAUCUACAAUUCUACAGUCAUAAUGUGUUGGACUAACAUCUUUGAACAUAAUUUUAUUGUUGAUAUAUAUUUUAUUAGAGAAUACAGAUAAUACAGAUUUUUCAUACAUGAGAAUACAGACACUGAUUUCCUAUGAAAAAAUCUGACAUCUCUGGGUUCGAGAGAGUGAGUGUGAGAACCGCGGGAAUCGUCAACGCAGAAAACCGUCGAGAUGGGCACACUGCCCAAGCGAAGGUGACAUACGAAGCAGCCUUUAGAAAUCAGAGAUGCCGAAUAUUUACAUAGAAAAUCUGUAUUGCUUUGUAUAAAAAAUCUGUAUUAAUCUGUAUUCACUAAUAAAAAGAAAUUCUUACAACAGAAUGAUGCUAAAAGAUGUUAUUCCAAUAGAUUGUGGUUGCAGGAUGGUAGAUUCAAUCAGUCAUUGUCGCGCUCACAAGAAUAUUGAACGACGAAAUUUCAUAGUUUUUUUUUUAUCCACAAUUGAAUUGUAAUUCCAUAUAUUUAUCUAGUUUCAAAUUGUUUUCUUCAUAAUUUGACAUGAAAUUACAACACUUAAUAUGCAACUUUAAGUCAGGUCAUACAACUCUCAGUUUGACAGUACAGUUUCAUAAUACCAUCACUUCCUUGUAUAUCAGUUCAAAUUGGUUUCAAAUUAUAAAAUAAAUCGAUUUCACAACAGAUUUCCAUAUUAAUUUGUGAUUUGUCCGUUGAUUAAUAGACUUUUAUCUCGACACUGGAGUCAAAUACUAAAAGAUGGCUUCUUACUUUUUGUGAGAUCUGUAUUAAAUUGAGGAAAUCUGUAUAAAAUCUGUACUUUGUAUUGAAUCUGUAUGAGCAUGCAAAAAACUGUAUAGUACAGAUAAAUCUGUAUAUAUGGCAUCUUUGGUGAGAACCACGCGAAUUGUCUACGCAGAAAGCCGUCGAGAUGGGCACACUGCCCAAGUGAAGGUGACACGAAGCGGUCUUUAGCAACGCACCGAUCUGUCAUCACAGGACGACGCCAUCGACAAAACCACGUUUUUGCACCGAUAAUUUCUUUUUCAAUCUUACGUGGAAGUGACCGGUCAAGUUUAGAGUUCUUGAAAAAUAGAAGUAGUUAUAGAAAAUUAUACUUACCUUUUUACUUACCCGAAUACUUACCUGUAAAUACCUGAAAAGAUUCAUAAGAAUAUCUGAAGAAAUACUGAAUUAAAUAUCAAACGAAAUUCAACAACAGUUUGCAGAAAGUAGUUUCGAUAGGGCGCGCGGAAGAAAUAUUGUCACGUCUAGAAGAUCGAAAUUGUAAGUUCGCAUGUAAUAAAAAAGUGAAUUAACUAAUUGUAAACCCGUUUUUUAGUCAAAGCGGUAAAAUGAACAGCUAUCAAAACGGUUUGUACGACUUUCUGUUUGCGUCCGACAGUUUCGACAGGAAUACACGAGCGAUGAUUAUGAUUGCAGUUUAUCUGUCAAAUACAAUUUCCACUAGUACAAUCUCCUUACACGAGCUUUAUUUUUGUCAUUUUUAAUGAUGACUAAGUAAUGAUGUAUUUCAAAUGUGAUAGAAAUCUUGUCAUUACUGCACCAUUACACCUUCAUUAAAAUGACAUUUUUUUUGUAAUGACAUUUUUAAUGACUCGUGUAAGGGCCGCUAUUUAUAGAUUUUUUGCAACAUCAUUUAUUUUUGCGAAAAGUUAGUUUUCGUGUGAGAAAAAUAAUUUUCUAGCUCUGUUUUUAACAAUUGAAAUUUUCAGUUUCGAUUUCAAUAUGGGAGAAAAUGUUAUGUUGAUCAUUUUCAAAUCAUUUUAUUCGUUUCGUUCAUUAUGAAAUGUUACUUGAAGGACCGUACGGAUACGCAAAUAUGCGAUAUUAUGAUGAAAAAUAGCUUUUUAAAGCCGUUUGAUUUAUUCUUCCUGCGUUCCAAAUAACCCUAACCGAACCGAAACAAAUUCUGGAUCUCGACAUUUAGCAUAUCAUUUUUAAAAAUCAAUCAUGAUUACACGAAACAAAAGUAAAUGAAUUUUCUUGCAUUUUUAAAUGAGUAGUUCUAGCAGCAGAUUCUAAAAAUUCUACAAAAUAGUUAUAAUUAUGAGUUCCCCUUGGCAGCCUAUGUAAAAUUCAGGCGUCAUCAUUAGAAUGAUACAAAAUAUAAAACUUAGAUGGCGCGUUAGGUAAACAUACACACUUAGAAAAUUUCGCAGAAUUAGGUAAUUUUUUAUCGAACUUUCAACAGCUGAACGUUCGGUAAUUGAAUUGAAUACCGAUCGUUCGGUUAUUGCUGAAUUGUCAAACAACUACCGUAAACUGUAAACCAAAUGGAUCUAACGAAUGGUAAUGGACCACGUUACGCACUUCGUAACUUUAUAUUACUUGAUUUAGGCUUUCCAAAAAGUAUAUGUAUGUGCCUUUUGGUCUGCGACCCUUCUUCCUAUUAGUAGUUAAAGUUAGUGUAUAUAAAAGUUUAAAUGUUAAAUAACUUUUUAGGGAAAAGGCCAAACUGUGCAGUCUUCAACAAAAAUGUGUAAUUUUACGUUUUUAGUAAUUGUCUCGAACAUAGUAGACAUUGAAAAUAAUUGUGAAAAAAGUUAUGUACAAAAAAGUGAUUUUAAGUGGUUUCAAACGAAAAUGAUUCAUAUAUCCGAAACUUUAUGCGUUAGACCUUUAGCUUCUUCGGCAAAGUUGGAAGUUCUAAAACUUUGUAGAAGACAUCAUUUUUCUAUCUCUUAAGGGAAAAAAGUUGUUGAAAUGAACUUUUAUCGUAGUAGGCUUUGCACAUUUUUUAUUGUGAUCAAAUCACGAGGUAUAUUUUUGUGAAUGAGUUCUCCAAAGGAUUUAUGUAUAUCGGAUCAACGGUUUAGCAGCUAGAGAAUUAAGGCCUGAGGACAGAGGGCCAUGUGUUGAGUUUUAAAUCGACCACUUGGCUCGCUCAAUUCCCAUUGCGCAUCGUAUUUCUCUUGUAUUCUCUCGUAUAUGAGCGAACUGUACCGGGUUGUCAGCAUACAUUUUAUUAUUUUGAUGAGAAGUUUUAUCACAUAAAUCUAUCGUAUGGGUUGGACAUUACAUGGAUUCCAAUGAACAAUGAAAAAAUAUUCAACUUUCACAAAGAUUGAAUGUCUGUGUGUUUGACAGCCUUGUCGAGCCAAUUUUAUUUCUCUCUCCUUUUUCAGAAUGCUAUCAGGAAACCAAAGCGAAAAAAAAUGGUGAAUGCAUUGAAACUGAAUUUGUUUCACAGAAAAAUAGAAGACUUUAUUUUUUAUCGCGAUAACAUAUAUGUUUUUAUGUACUAAUCGCAUCUAAACUAAAUUAUCUAGACUUUGUCACGGUAGAUUUAUAAUACAAGCCUUCAAAGCCGAGAUAUUGGAUGAACAAGUAGAGGUAUGCAUUUCCGAGCGUUCCAAUUUUCAGCAGUUCUUCAGUCAGAAAAAAAUACAACACGACCGCUAAACUCAAUGAAUCAUUCUGAAAAUUUCACAGGAUAGUACCGUAAAGUGGUAGGUUUUUAGCUAUUUUCCCGCUUCAAAUAAAAUUUGCUUGGAAACGGUGCAGAAUAUAGAAAAACCCCACCUGACAAUGUCUUCGAAAUUAAGUUGAGAAUAUUCUGUGAAAUUUUUCAGAAUGAUUCAUUGAGUUUAGCGGUCGUGUUGUAUUUUUUUUUUGACUGAAGAACUGCUGACUGGGCUGGUAGAAAGGUAGACGAAAACACCACAAGUAAACUAAGUAAACUACAUCUACUACGCAAAGUGCACCUGUCUGAAAAUGUUGUUCAAUCGAUACUUAAGAUGCGCCUAAUCACAUUCCAGGGUAGUGAAAUUGGUUGAACAAUUCCAGGGAUUAAAGAAGGUGAGCCAACUCUGAACUCUAUCUCCAACAAAAAACUUUUUAAUUUGUCGCUAUCCAUUUUUUGCCAAUACUUCUUUUUUGGUCAUUGAUUGAUAGUUGAGCUAAGUUAAGGCCAUCGUCCAAGUACCAUGCGCGCGGGUGGUUUUAGGAAAUUUUCGAUGGAAAUUUCGAAAAAUUUGACAAAACCAAAAACAUACAGACCUUUGAAAUACUUUUAUCUAUCUACAGGGCGAAAAUAACUGGAAAAUUCGGAGGAUUUUACGAGUCUUAUAAAAAAUAGCGCUGAAAAAUUGAGCUUUUUUUGUAAUUUUUCACAAUUAUUUGAAAAAAUAAUUCGAUGGAAUGAAAUUUUUUUUUCAAAAAAAACCUCAUGCUGGCAACAAGGAUCACAUUCGAAAACAUUUUUGGAAAACCUUUUCACGCUUUUCAUGGAAAAUCAACGAAUUUCAUAUAACCGAUCUCGUGGAAAUUUUUGAAAUUCGUGGAUUUUCUAUGAAAAGCGUGAAAAGGUUUUCCAAAAAUGUGUCCGAAUGUAAUCUGUGUAUCCAUAAUAAAGUUUAUUUGAAAACAAAAGUUUAUGUCAUCGCUUUAUUUUUCCAGAUAAUUGUGAAAGAUCACAAAAACACUCAUUUUUCAGAGCUAUUUUUUGAUAAGACUCGGAAAAUCCUCCGAAUUUUCCAACCAUUUUCACCCUGUAGAUAGAUAAAUGUAUUUCAAAGGUCUGUAUGUUUUUGGUUUUGGCAAAUUUUUCGAAAUUUCCAUCGAAAAUUUCCUAAAACCACCCGCGCGCAUGGUACUUGGACGAUGGCCUUAAUGGUGACUUUACGCCAUAACGGAUGAACUAAUAUGAAUUGUUUAAGGUCGUCGCUCGUUCUGCGGCCGGCGACUUUUUUUUUUUGUAAGUUUGGCAGCACGGCAUCUAUUUCUAGGGCCGGCUUCCAUCAAGUAUAAAUUCUUUUGAAUAAAUUGAAUCGUAACGAGACUUUCUUCUUCUUCUUCUCCUUUGAUGUGACAGCUGUCACAUCUGUUUAUGGCACAGCUAUUUGCUAUAACGCCAGUCAGUGUAACGAGACUUUAUGCGCUGUAAGAAAAUACAAUUCAAAACAAACUGCUGUCAAAACAUUCCAGAACCGACCGCUAGGAGUGCCACCGUAAAAUAAACAGUGUGUCCAGAUAUUGAAUGACUCGUGCUUUAGUAAACUGACUGCGCAUUACGGACAACUAUCUUUUGAAAGCAAAUUUUAAAUACCGAAGAAAAUAAUCAAAACAAUGAAAUUUCUAUAAGACGAAAAAAAUGAAAUAAAACGCUCAUGUAAAGUAAUUGUUCUACUUACGGAUGUUGAUGUCUCACGUUUAGUUCAAAGCGUUGCUAAAUUUUACAAACAAGAAAAACCCGUAACCAAUGAAUCAACGAUUUCGGAAAUCUUCUGUAAAUAAAUACAAAAAAAAAAAUACAUCACCGUGAAAUCUGUUAGUAAAUUAGUAAAUCGUAGUAUUUUUCAAAUAGUAUCGCUAUCAAAAUUUGUUGUGACUAUCAAAAAGACAUAGCGAGUAAUCUUGUUCAUCAAAACAUCGCAAACAACUCAUUUGUACAAACUGUAAACCUGAGCGGGGGAAAAUAUUGACAUUUGUGACGCUUCGUUAUGACGUAGAGAAAAACAAUAUUUACUAGCAAAUAAAAAUGGA